GAUCACGUGGGUAUCUCUCAGCACACAGACUUUUUCCUGGUGCUUGAGUUUUCCGGCCUGAGUGGAUUGCGGGACUGGAAGUGUCGCGAUGAGCCGCAUCUAUCACGACAGUGCGCUUCAGAAUAAGCCUGUGCAUGACGAACGAGUGGCUGGUCCGUGGGAUCCGGCUGCGUUCCAGCGUGGACAUGGUGUCCUCUUGGAAGGAACGCUGGUGGAUUUUUCUCGUCACAGUGUCACAGACAUCAAAGGAAAGAAGGAACGAUGGUAUGUCUUGUACCUGAAACCUAACAAAAUACACCGCAGGAAGUUUGAUACGAAGGGAAAUGAGAUUGAGCCCAACUUCAGUGACACUAAAAAGGUUAACACAGGCUUCCUCAUGUCUUCUUACAAGGUAGAACCCAAAGGUGAGACAGACAGACUGUCAACAGAGGACCUGAAGCGUCUGGUGAACAAGGUGGAUUUGUUAAAGAUCACUGAGAGAUACACCCCUACUGAUACCGUGGCCUUUUGGCUUCCAGAAGCUGAUGUGGAAAAGACUGAGGUUGAGAUGGGUGAACAGCUUCGGGUGAAGACUUCAGGCGAUGGACCGUUUUUAUUUUCUUUAGCCAAGGUUGAUGGAGGAACUGUGACAAAGUGUAACUUUGCUGGAGAUGUGCAGACAGGUGCUUCCUGGACAGACAAUAUCAUGGCCAAGAAAUCACAAAGCAGUGAACCAAUAUCUCAGCCCCGGGGUCAAGGAGAUGGAGCAGAAGAUGAUGAAUGGGAUGACUAAGAAAAUUGAACAAACAUUUAAAUGGUCAAUCAUUCAUUCCAAUGCUGGAAUCACCAGUAUCCAUUUGACCUAGAACAACAUGCAGAUUAAUUAAGCUCAUCUGCAGUAGUUCCUUUACAUAUUAUAUUUGCCUGUGUAUAUCAGACAGAGUUGGCUCUAAUAUCACAGGGAGCUGCUGAAUGAACAUUAUUCACCUACGUUUUAAUGCUGUACAACCCUUUGAUAUUGGCUCUAGGUUCAACAGAAGAAAAAUAAUUACAAAAUCACACAAACUCUGGGUGAUACGAGCGCAAGGGAAUAAAAGAUAACCACCUAAUUAGUGGUUUACAGAAAGUGCAGUAGAUUCCCCGGAUUCAAGUCUCUGCUAAUAUCUCAUAGAACAGACUAAAAAGUGAUGAUGUUGACUGUGCACCUAGUGAACAACUGAACGAAAUAAAAGGAUGGAAGGUAUAUACAUAGAUACUUCCUUCCAUUUACAGAUUUGCCUUUUUGAUGCAAAUUUUCAUACAAUGUGCAGCAUAGAAAUAAUUAUAAUGAAUCAUUUUUAGUAGAAUAGUAACUAGCUUAUCUUAAACACCUAUAAUUAUGAUUAACCAUGUACAUUUUAAAAUGCAAAAUAUUUAGCUUGAUAUUUCAUAAACACAUAUUCCAUAAACACUUCAAUAGGCAUUGUUGUGUGUAUAUACAUAAAUAUAUGAGUAAAAUAUUUUGCAUAUUCGCAUAUGUUUUGUACGUGUACUUUUUUCUAUUUUAAGGAGAAUUUGUACCAUUUUUUAAAUACAAAUUCCGAUUAAAAAGACAUUUUUUCAAAA